ACUGCAAUAAUCACAGUCUAUUCAUGGGUUUAUAGCUAGAAUGUAACAACCAAUGGGCUGUGUCUGCAGGAAUAAUAUGAGACAACGUAUCCAAUAUCUCUGUCGCCACAGCAACAGCCUAUCAAUUACGUCUAUCCAGUGGUGGACUUUAGAAUGGGCUGGUGUGGACAGCAGCAGUUAGGGAAGGGAGUGACAUUACAGGAAGUUACACACAAAAAUCCGUCCAACAUGGCAAAGUUCCUUUCACAAAGUCAAAUAAAUGAAUUCAAGGAAUGUUUUUCUCUAUAUGACAAGAAACGCAAAGGGAAGAUCGAGGCAAAAGACUUGAUCACUGUUAUGCGAUGUCUGGGGACUAGUCCUACCUUCAAUGAGGUGGACCGACAUCUUCAGGUUCAUAAAAUAGAUAAGAAAGGAGAAUUAGACUUCUCCACCUUUCUGACCAUGAUACACAGACAGAUGCAGCAAGAGGACCCAAAGGCAGAAAUCCUGGAGGCCAUGCGCAUGACAGACAGACAAAAGAAAGGCUACAUCCUAGCCUCUGAACUACGAGCCAAACUUACAGGCCUCGGAGAGAAAUUAACAAACAAAGAAGUGGAUGACCUGUUUAAAGAAGCCAACGUUGGUCGCGAUGGACUCGUGCGUUAUGAAGAGUUUACCAGGAUGGUAACGCUUCCUCCCGUGGAUUACUGAGAAAUGAUGCAGAGUUCAUAGAAUGUACUGUGACAACGCAUUUUAAACAUCUUUAUAGACAAACUAAUGCAUUACUCUAGCUUAUGUUAUAUAUUUGCCUAUAUGCACCAACCACCUCUAUAACGGCAUCAAACUGUUAUGAGUGUUCUAAACCAGUUAACAUAGCAAACGCUGGGAAAUGAAUUUAUUUACAUACUACAUCGCUAGAUGGCAGUACAGUUUAGGUUUACUCAGGGAUUUAUGUUUGUCUUUUUCAUCCUGUUGGCAGUUUCUUCUACGGGUUUCAUUAUGUUCAUCAGCAGUAUAAUUACACUGAUUAAGCUUGUGUGCUAUGUUGCUAUCCUGCAUAUGACAUUAAUAAUUUAUAAACAAAGAUAAUAAACAAUAUCCAAACUAUU